GCGUCACAUCCUUGUCCGCCGACCCGCCCACAGAGGCGAUUUUGGUGCCAGGUGGAGAAACACGGUCACACGAAACCCCCCCCCCCUCGCCCCGUAUCUGGAUUCAUUAUAGGAAUAGAGGAAGGGGCGAGGUCUGGGCCGGGUCGAAGGGGAGUCUAGACCGCUUUGGAGUUGGGUCUCUCCCGGUUUGGAUCGCGUUUGGAGAGGAGGAGGAGGAGGCAAAGUUUGCUCCGGCUUCUGUUCAGGUUCCUCCAGUUUUUUGCGGGCAAGUCGUCGGCCAUGCUCUGGUAGAGGCCGGCUCCACCGCGGCCACUAUGCUGAAGCGUCUAGACAAGAUCCGGUUCCGGGGCCAGAGACGGGACGAGCUCCUGGAUCUGGCAGAGUCGCCCAACACAUCCGACACAGAAUGCAAUGAGGAGGUUGUGAUGAAACCUCGCCUCUCCGUCAGAGAUUCAGAAGAACUGAGGGAGGUGGAGGGAGAGCAGCAGAGUGAUGCUCAGGCAGGUCCAGGUUCAUUUUCUGCAGCCCUCCAAGACGACCCAAGGACAGACCUAAACGAGGUCAAAGGGCAUCUAGAAAUUGCCUUGUUGGAGAAACACUUCUUACAUGAGGAGCUGAGGAAACUAAAAGAGGAGUCCAAUGUGGAUUCACUGAGACAGGAACUGGAGAAGGAGCGCUGCAGGCGUCUGGAGCUGGAGCAGAAGAUCAACGACGUACUGAGAUCCAGACUUGAAGAGCCGCCCAGUCAGACAGCUAAAGACCCUCCCCCUCCCCCUCCUCCACCUGCAGGAAGCGACACAGACAAACAAAAGGACACUCUGCGCAACAGUUUCCUGAAAUGGCUCUAUGACCGUUUUGGGGUCUAUAUUGAAGACUUCAGUUUCCAGCCGGAGGAGACGACGGUGGAGACGGAGGAGCCGUUGAGUGCCAAGAGGUUGACUGAAAACAUGAGACGGCUCAAACGAGGAUUUAAACCGGUGACCAACUUCAAGAGGAACCUCUCCGCCUUAUCCAGCUGGUACUCGGUCUACACAUCCGCCAUCGCCUUUAUCGUCUACAUGUAUGCAGCUUGGCACGGCUGGGCUGUCCCCAUGUUCCUUUUCCUCGCCAUCCUUCGCCUUUCCCUUAAUUACCUCAUCGCCAGAGGCUGGAGGAUCCAGUGGAGCAUCGUACCUGAGGUCUCAGAGCCUGUGGAGCCUCCUAAAGAAGACCUGACAGUGUCGGAGAAGUUCCAGCUGGUCCUGGACGUCGCUCAGAAAGCCCAGAAUCUAUUUGGGAAGAUGGCCAACAUCCUGGAGAAAAUAAAGAAUUUGUUCAUGUGGGUGCAGCCAGAGUUAACUCAGAAGCUGUAUGUUGGCCUGUGGGUGGCCUUCAUCUCCUCCUGCCUGCUUCCGGUCAAACUGCUGGGAUUCCUCAUAGCCAUGUACGCAGGUAUAAAGUUCUUCAUCAUCAACUUCAUCUUCAUGAGCUGUCCCAAGCUGAGGCAGCGCUUCGACACCCCACAUGUCAUCUGGACUAAUUUACCCACCGACCUGCAGCUGAAGGAGCGCGGCAGCACCACUCUGAGCAGACGGGUUCCUGCUGGGGGGGGUCGAGGCAGCCUCGCUGCUGCUGCACCUGCGGGCGUCAGCCGGGACGAGGAUGGGGGGCGGUACUACAGCACCAAGAGGGGAGCUUUUCACGAAGUUUUCAACCUGCCAGAGAGUGAGCGGCCCCUGUCAAUGUGUGAGAAUGGCUGGCGUUGCUGCCUCAUCAACAGAGACAGGAAAACACCGACAGACUACAUCCGCAACGGAUUCCUCUACGUCACCGAGAAUUAUCUGUGUUUCGAGAGCUCCAGCUCCAGGUCUGGAUCCACCAAGAGGAACAAAGUCAUCAAACUGCUCGACGUCAAAGAAAUCCAGAAGUACAAAGUUCUGUCGGUGCUGCCUGGAUCAGGGAUGGGCAUCUCUAUAGCGACGCCAUCCACCCAAAAGCCGAUGGUGUUCGGGGCAAUGAUGCACAGAGACGAAGCCUUCGACGCCAUCUCCACUCAGUACAACAUGAUUCUGGCCUCGGCCACGGCCUCAGCCACGGACCCAGAGACGCUGUAGCACCGACACAAGAUGGCCGCCUUCACGCAAACGCUUGGAUCCGUUUCACUCUUUUUUCACCAGCGAACGCCCUGAAACGGCUGCUGCUGGUCUGCUCGCAAAUGAUUCAGGUUACCUUGCAAGUUGUCGAAGCGAAAACAAUUACGUUGCGUAAUCGAUUGGCACUAAGUGAGGUGAUUCCGACCCAUCACUGUCAGAAUCAGCAAAAAACAGUACCGUUCACUGUUGUCAAACAAUUUUCUAAAGAAGAGGCCACUUUACGUCAAAUCGAUGAUUAAAAGUCCAUUCUCAAACAUCAGCUGGUAUUCAAAUAAAUUGCACAAACACAUAUAGGUCUGUAAAAGAACGAGCCGAUGGGGGGGGAUUUACCUGUAAUAUAAUCGGACCACUAUUCACCCGCUUUAUUCGUUUUUAAACCACCUUUAGAUUUUCUCAAUGAAAAGCAAACUGUCCUGUUUCACAUUAAAAGUCUCUCAGUGGCUCAAGGGGCAUUAUCCCUCAAUAUGUCCCUUAAUAGAGCGCAGCAGUGACCGCCCACUUUUUGAACAGCUCCGAUUCCGGAAGUGAAUUCCCCAUUCACGUUCUCCAUUGACCUUUCAUAAAAUCCUUAUAUAGAGAGUUUUAAGCCUGGAAACAAGCCAAGAAGCUACGACAUGAAUCGUCACCAUUAAACAAUUUCUUUUGCGCUUAAAAAUAAUUGGAAAACUGGUAAAAAGGCAAAGGUAACAGGCGGUGUACAUAAUUAUUUUAACAGCGAAGGGAGCUACUUGUCCCAUGAACCAUUGCGAAUGCAUUUCCAACUACUUCCAACCGACAGUUUAGCUCCUUCUUGAAUUUGACCUUCAUCAUCAUCAUCACUGUAGUGUUUAUAUUGUUGAUAAGAGUCUUGUAAUGUAUUGCAGCUUGUGUUUUGUGUGUGUAUAUAAAGUGUAUAACGAUCAUAGGGUUCCAUUACAUGUCGGAACUCAGAGUUCUGAGGUAUACAGGUAACAGCAAGCUCCACCAAUCGGAGACGUCGAUGUUAAACUUUAGGCUUGUGGUUAGUGUAGUAUUUCUCCAUGACAUUGCGAACAAAUCAUGUUUUUCUUAAAACAGAGUUGAUUUCAUACGGACUUGAAGCUUCUACAUGUGCAUACACCAACGUUUCACAACCUCGCAGCUCGUGGUGAGUCGCCAUUGGAUGGUUACGACAUUAUGACUAAUAAUCAAAAUGUCAAAGGAGAAUAUGAAUGGGAUUUUUACUUCCGGAACCUCACUGUUGCACCCUAUUGGUUUGGCUUUUGAUGUGAAACUACCUGCAGGGCCCCUUUUCAAAAAUGGGUUCGUUCGAAUUAAAUGUGUUUUAUUCACACAAUGGAAAAAUCUGUGGUUUACAAGAAGGAGUUCCCUUUCUUGUCAUUUCAGUUCAUUUCCAUCCUAGUAUAGUGCAUUGUGACGUGUACAUCACAAUGAGCCUCGUGGAAGAGUCAGUUGUACAAACAGUUUUUUUUCUCAUGUACGAGUGAUUUUAGACAGUUUGUGGCUUUCUUUGGUUCGAACCAAAAUCACAGGUGGUCCCGACCUCUUGUACGAGCUGUUAAACAGGCUUUAUUCAAAAACACGCGUUCGCCUUGAGGAUGAUGGAGUUAAAUAUGAUACUGAAAAUGACAUAAUCGAGAAAUAUCUAAAUUAAUGCAAUAAUUAAUUCAUCAUCGCUCACCAAUCUACUGAGUGUUGUUUUUUUUUAAUCUGCAGAAUUCAUCACAGAAGCGUCUACAGUUCAGUAGGUCUCUGUGACAGCCGCAUGGUCUUCAUGCUGGUCUCUGUCCAAUACCAUCCUCUGUCCUAACACAAGACACUUACUGUAGACUCUAAUAUCCUCCAGUCUAAUAUCUCGGUUAUUGUCUUCCCCGUAGACUGUAAAUAAAAAUGGACUUUCCACUUUUUUACACUGUACAAAAAAUGAAGCCAAAACAUCUCGGACACGGGGGUCGCCAUCUUGCACUUUUGACGUGAUUUCGACCCAGAGUCAUGGAGCGGAUCCUCGUCACCGAGGUCCCGCUUAUACGCGCGCUCAGCCAAUCACGAGUCAGUCUCGGCUGUCAACCAUGACAUGAAUUUAAUCAAAACCAAACUUUUGUUUGUUCCAUGUCCCAUCCGCUUACAUGGAGGGGGGCAGGUUUUAUUACCAGUACUGCAGCCAGCCCCCAGGGGGCGAUCACGAAGAUUCACCUUCGGGAGCUGUCAUGUCGUCCCAUUGCCUUGACCCCUUUGCACAUUCAUCAUUUGCUUUAGAAAGGCUCCAACUUCUCAAAGCCUAAACCAUUUCCUCCGAUGAGUCGGUCGUGCACUACACGGAAUGUUGGCGGUUCGAUUCCCAGCUUCCCCUAGUCCGCAUGCCUUUGUGUCCUUGGGCAAGGCACUUGACCCUAACUUGCCUCUGGUGGCUCUUCAGACAGUGUGACUGUGACAGAAAAAGUGCAGCUAACAGCAGCGCUGUAUGAAUGUGUGUGAGCGGGUGAAUGUGUCAAUAAGUCUAGAAAUGCACUAUAAAAUAUAGUCCGUUGACGCAUGACAAUUAACAUUUCCUAAUUGUGUCGGUAUGUGCAUUUAAGAGAGUUUGUGAAUCUGGCCUGGAACUUCGUAUUUUAAAAAAAUAUAUACAGUACAUUUAAGUACACGUGUACAAAAGUGUCUUUGCAUGAGGCCCAUUGUGUUGGUGCGGAAAUCAUUAAUUCACAGCAAUUUUGAUAAUGAUUUAAUGGUUUCAGUCUCUUCAAAAAAAAAAACCAAGAACCCCUGUCAUUACUGUUUUUGGACGCAGCUUCUCCACUGGGAUAGAACGAGUUGCUUUUCCCUGUUUUGUAUCCUUUUUCGCUGGAUAUCGUUGACUUUUAGACUUUUGAGCGGUCAAAGCGCGACACUUGAAGUCGUCAUUUUGGACCUUCGUAGAACCGCGACACUGUUCUGACAUUUUAUAUGCUGCACAAGUAGUUUGAUCAAUUGGGGAGAGAGAGAACAAUGACAGUGAAAUGAAUCUGUGCAGCUGAAUAAUCAGAAGAGCAACAGUUGGUAAGGUAAAGCCGACUUCACGUCAAGUGUGAUGGAAAUGGCUGUCGCAAGCAACGCCAUCUGUUUAUUUGGAGGGAGAGAAAGCAGAUAAUCCUUACCAUGAGAAACUGGAAUGACAGAAAAGGGUUUGUCUGUUCGGUGAGAAUAAACAUUCGGAAAGAAAUCCGAACAGCAGCGAGUUGAGGUGACGGCUCCGUCUCCGCAGUGUACAGCCUCCUCGCAACGAUACAUGUUGUACUGGAACGUUUUUCACACAGUGCAUUAGUGCUGACAUUAUUACUGAAAGUAUAAUUCAAUUUUAUUAGAACAAAUUCCGCCUAUAUUAGAAUUUGGACAGGUGUUGUUGUUUUUUUUUAUAUAGUGCUGGAACAUGUCCAAACCACAUUAGUUUACAUGUGAGUCUUCAGGGAUUUAAAAGGAUUAUUGUUCUCAACAGCCACCUUUAUAAUCAGUUAUUAUUACAGUAUGUUGUUUUUUGAAUGUGGUGUAAGAGACUGUUUGUGUCCUAUAUGAAUGUUUUACAACUACUUGUGACAUUUUUACAAUUGAAUGAACUUCAGCUCUUUUAUUGUUGAUGCUAAGGUACCAGUUACUUCUACUGAUGAUGUAAGUUUUGUAAGCUAGAAGCUAAUAGAUACAAUAGAAAACAACUGAAAGGCAACUUUUACACUCUUCCACUUGUUGCCCUCACGUUACUAUCAAUCCGAUGUGGACGAGGCUUAAUGCUCAUUUAGGACUUAGGACCCUGUCUGAUCUUCCCAUGAAAUGCUUCAAACUUCUAAAAACACGUAUUUGGUAAAUUUGAUAGUAUAUAUGGUUUUCUUUUUUUACCUCCAUGAAAUCUGUCAGGUUUCAUAGGUUUGACACUUAAUGAGAACCCACAUUUUUUCGCAGCCUGAUGAAUUGUUAGCUAGCCCGCAAAGGUGCUUUGAAUUUUUAAAAUGAAUGUUUCUGUCCCUGCCAACCGCCUGUGGUUUCUUCCCAUUUCAAUUUUUUAGGUACCAUAAAAUAUUUUCAGUAUAGGUUAAUGUGCCAGUUUUUUUUUUCCAAUUAAUCGUUUGGUCUACAAAACAUCAGAAAAUGGAUGCAAUUUCAAUUAAAUCGCUACAAAUGUGAUGUUUUGACCAAGAACAAUUAUCCAAAAUGGAGAAAGCUGCCAUUUUAGCCAAAUCAACUUUAUUACAAAAUUGAAAUAAGUAAAACAAAAUUUCUCCAAAUAGAAAAUACACUAAUGAAAGAUCCAAUAUGAAAAUGUGUUGCAUGUCAAUGUUUCAAUAAAAAAAAAGUCAGGUUCGGUAUGAUCAGGGCAAAGCUCCUUCAUUGCCAAAUAUUUUGUAGUUAUUAAUUUUUAUCUUCAAAAUGUUUUUUCCCAUAUUGACUCGUUUACACCAUGUUGCCUCAUUCAAACCUUUUAACCAUCUUCCCAUUAACGUCUAGUCUUCAUCAGUUAGUCUGUGUUUCAUCUUUUUCCUACCUGUUGUCUUUCAGAUGUAAGGGUUUUAUAAAAUGCUUUCACUGUACAAAUAGUUGAAACGUUUUUUAAAUUAAAUGAUUUUUGUUGUUAAAGUGUGAUGUAAAUUUCUUUUUUUAAAAUAUAAAUAAAAACAAAUGUCAUACAGUC